CGCCGCUUUUCAGGAGGAAAAGAACCAUGCAGGUCUCCAGCCUCAACGAGGUGAAGAUCUACAGCCUCAGCGCCGGACGGAGCCUGCCUGAGUGGCUUUCUGAUAGAAAGAAGAGAGCACUGCAAAAGAAAGAUGUUGGUAUUUCUAGGAGAAUUGAACUUAUCCAAGAUUUUGACAUGCCUGCUGUUAGCUCCAAGAUCAAGGUAUCACGGGAUGGCCAGUACGUGAUGGCAACUGGGACAUACAAACCAAGGAUUCGAUGUUACGAUACUUACCAGUUAUCAAUGAAAUUUGAAAGAUGCAUAGACGCUGAUGUCAUUACAUUUGAUAUUUUGUCAGAUGAUUACUCAAAGAUAGUCUUUCUGCUGUGUGACAGAUACGUAGAAUUUCAUUCCCAACAUGGCCGUUACUACAGGACAAGAAUACCAAAGUUCGGUAGAGAUUUCUCAUAUCAUUAUCCAUCAUGUGACUUAUACUUCGUAGGAGCAAGCUCUGAAAUAUACAGGCUAAAUCUGGAACAAGGAAGGUACCUGAAUUCCUUACAGACCGAUGGUUCGGAGAAUCAUGUCUGUGACAUAAAUCCUGCACAUGGUUUAUUUGCCACUGGCACAGUUGAGGGGAAGGUGGAAUGCUGGGACCCUAGAACAAGAAACAGAGUCGGGGUGCUGGAUUGCGCUUUAAGCAGUGUGACAGCUGAUAAGGAGAUAGAUGGUCUGCCAUCUAUUUCGGCCCUGAAGUUUGAUGGAAUAUUGAAUAUGGCUGUUGGAACAUCCACGGGGCAGGUUCUUUUUUAUGACCUCCGAUCAAACAGCCCAUUAAUAGUGAAGGAUCAUCAAUAUGGCCUGCCUAUCAAAUCAAUCCAGUUCCACAAUUCAUUAGAUUUAAUUAUUUCUGCUGAUUCAAGAAUCAUAAAGCUAUGGAACAAGGACACAGGGAAGGUAUUUACUUCCUUGGAGCCUGAACAUGAUAUUAAUGAUGUUUGCAUAUAUCCUAAUUCAGGAAUGCUGUUCACGGCCAAUGAAGCCCCCAAAAGCAUCUACUACAUACCAGUUUUAGGUCCUGCUCCAAAAUGGUGCUCGUUUCUUGAUAACUUGACAGAGGAGCUGGAAGAAAACCCAGAGACGACUGUAUAUGAUGACUACAAGUUCGUAACAAGAAAAGACCUUGACAAUUUAGGGCUGGCUCAUCUUAUUGGAUCAUCACUUCUCCGAGCAUAUAUGCAUGGCUUUUUCAUGGACAUACGACUGUAUCACAAGGUAAAAAUGAUGGUGAAUCCUUUUGCCUAUGAGGAAUACAGAAGAGAGAAAAUUAGGCAGAAGAUUGAAGAAACACGGGCACAAAGAGUGCAACUAAAGAAACUUCCCAAGGUUAAUAAAGAGCUUGCGCUGAAGUUGAUUGAGGAAGGAGAAGAGCCACAAAAUGAAAGAAGAAAGAAGCAAAAGAAAAUGCCUAGCAUUCUUCAUGACGAUCGCUUCAAAGUCAUGUUUGAGAACCCAGAUUUCCAGGUGGAUGAGAAGAGUGAAGAGUUCAGACUGCUUAAUCCACUUGUUUCCAAAAUAAGUGAGAAAAGGAAACAGAAAUUAAAGAUCUUGGAGCACCAAGAAAGCCUGGGAGAGGAAGAAGAGGAAGAACCAGAAGGAAAACCAAGUGAUGCAGAAAGUUCUGAGACUUCAGAUGAUGAAAAAGGUUGGGUUGAAGAGGUCAGGAAACAGCGCAGACUUCUACGCCAAGAGGAAAAAUUAAAACAGCAGAAGUGGUUCAAGGAGGAUCAGCAAACAGUCCUGGAACCUAAGUUCUUUGAGAUUAAAGCUGGAGAAGAAUUUAGAAGUUUCAAGGACACCGCCAAAAGGCAAAAGUUAAUGAAAAAAACACUCGGAGAUCGUUUGCAGCUCGAAGAGAGAGUUGGUGCACUUAGCGUGCAUGACACCACUGUAGGAAGUAAACAAGUUACCUUUAAAUUAAAAAAGUCAGAGCAACAGAAAAAGCAGCAGGAAGCAGAGAAACACCAUCAUCAAGAAAGGCGAAAACUCAGGCGUUCAGCUGGCCAUCUCAAAAGUAAAAGAGGAAGAGGGCGGCCCUUCCAUUAACGGGACAAUUCUGCUUUUGAUAGACACAAGU